AUGCUGGAAAAGUAUCUCACACGGGAGCGCAGGAGGGAUCAGGAAAGAUCUAUAGAGGAUCAGAGAAUCUAUUCUCGCACAUUUGACCUCCAUCAAUAUUUCUCCCCCGCCAGUAGAAAUACCAAAAGGUUCAUCUAUUACGAUCAAUCCAAGGGAAUAUCCAUGGUCCAUGAUGCCAACUUGAUGUCCGGCGACCCAAAAUCUUUGGUUGUAGCCGUUGAUGGAGCUUGCCCUCAUAAUGGGAGUGAUUUGGCAAAGAAGUCAUCUUUUGGGAUAUUUUUCGGACAGAAUUCGACGUUCAAUCUGUGUGAAACGAUCGAAAGACCUGAAGGGGAACUCCAUACCAACAAUUACGCGGAACUUAUGGCAGUUUACCGCGCUUUGAAACUUGUUGGGGAUAGCUCAUUGUUGGAAAGCUGGAGGGCUCAGGAUGGAGAAGGACUCACCGCUAUGAUCAUGACGGAUUCAGCAUAUGUAUCCAACAGCUUCACCACAUGGAUUUGGAAGUGGCGCGAGAACGGAUUCCGGAACGCCAAGAAAGAAACUGUCGUUAAUUGCGAGUUAAUAAUCAAGAUUGAUGAGCUUAUUGGGAAUCUUGGUAAGCGCAACAUCAACGUUAGAUUUUGGGACAUUCCAAGAGAAGAUAAUACGGAAGCAGAUAAAUUGGCAAAUUUGGCUUUAGAAGAUGGAGAUGGAAAUGGAAUACAAAAAUAA